AUGAACUAUAAAUCGUACUUAAAGAAGAAAUACAUUGCUAGAAGCGAGGACAUUAACGGAGAAAAAUUCGGAGUGGGAAAAAUUGCGUUUAUGAAUUUUGGCUAUGGUGAGAUACCAGAUCAAGAAGGAAACUUAACGCUUACCAGGCACAAUGAAACCGCCUUUAUCAGGUUUACAAUGGAUACAGUAGAAAAGCCAACAAUUGUCUCUUUUGUAAAGAAGAAACAAUGUGAGGAAUUGAAUCCAGCGGAUCUAGUUCCUGUGAGACAAGAUUGCAGACCUGUUCGCGAAAAUGUGAGACCAAAUUGUAUGACACUCGCCCAGAAAUAUUUAUCUGAAAGGGCUUUACGGUUCUUCACUGCAUUGGCAGUUGCUCCCGCUGAUCAGGACAGUCAUGAUGCUGACUAG